AUGGAGAGAGUGCUUAUAGGGCAGCAUAUUAUCGAUAAGGGGGCUCAGAUGAUGCAGUCCCUUAAACCCAUCAAGAAGAUGAGCCAGCACGUUUGUACCUUCGCCAUUUACAGCCACGACAUGACCCGCCAGAUCCACACCCACCACUAUGUCACCCGACUCAACCAGGACUUCCUCCAGUGCGCCGUUUAUGACUCCGACGACUCCACCGCCCGCCUCAUCGGCGUGGAGUAUAUAAUUUCAGAGCGAAUUCUUGACGCCCUUCCACCUGAUGAGCAGAAGCUUUGGCAUUCUCACGGGUACGAGAUCACAUCAGGGCUGUGGAUGAACCCUCGAGUUCCU